UACAUAGCUCUCUUUAACGCUCUCUCCAAUCAUCUUUCCAAUCAUACUUGCUAAUGGAUUCUUCUUCUUUUUUCCUUACCACUAUUGUUGCUGCAACAAUAGGCUUGUUCACGAUUUUAAGAAAACUCAGACUCCAUCAAGAAGAUGACGAAGAAGCUUCAUCUCCUCCAUCUUCUUUGUCUCCGUCAUCUUCUCCAUCUUCUCUAAAUCGCAUAUGGACACACCAUGUCUUUCCAAGCUUCCGUGGGGAAGAUGUCCGUAGAGACUUUCUUAGUCACAUUCAGAUGGAGUUUCAAAGAAUGGGAAUCACACCAUUCAUUGAUAAUGAGAUCAAGAGAGGAGAAUCCAUCGGUCCUGAACUCAUUCGGGCCAUUAGAGGAUCCAAGAUCGCAAUUAUCUUACUCUCGAGAAACUACGCUUCUUCGAGUUGGUGUCUUGACGAAUUGGUGGAAAUUAUGAAGUGCAAGGAAGAAUUGGGUCAAAUAGUGAUGGUUGUUUUCUAUAAAGUGGAUCCCUCUGAUGUGAAAAAACUAACCGGAGAAUUUGGGAAAAUCUUCAGAAAAACUUGUGCCGGUAAAACAAAGCAGGACACUGGGAGAUGGAGACAAGCUUUGGCUAAAGUAGCCACAAUCGCUGGUUACCAUUCAAGAAACUGGGAUAAUGAAGCGGCUAUGAUCAAACAAAUCUCUACUGAUAUUUCCAACGAGUUGAAUAAUUCAGCAUUAUCAAGUGAUUUUGACGGGUUGGUUGGUAUGAGAGCUCAUUUGAAGAAGAUGGAACCAUUGUUAUGCCUAGAUUCAGAUGAAGUGAGGAUGAUCGGGAUUUGGGGUCCUUCUGGGAUCGGGAAAACCACCAUUGCUAGAGUUGCAUACAACAAAUUCUCCAAUAAUUUUCAGCUAAGUGUCUUUAUGGAAUCUAUAGAAGUAAAGUAUACAAGACCUUGUUCUGAUGACUAUAGUGCAAAGUUGCACUUACAACAAUUAUUUAUGUCUCAAAUAACUAACCAAAAUGAUAUGAAGAUUUCUCAUUUAGGAGUUGUUAAAGACAGACUAAAAGACAAGAAAGUUCUUGUUAUUCUUGAUGGUGUGGACCAGUCAAUACAACUAGAAGCCAUGGCGAAAGAAACUCGGUGGUUUGGUCCUGGGAGUCGGAUUAUCAUCACAACGCAAAAUCGAAAGAUUUUUAGGACACAUGGGAUCAACCAUAUUUACAAGGUGGACUUUCCACCAGAUGACGAGGCUUUUCAAAUCUUUUGCACGUAUGCUUUUGGUCAAAAUUCCCCUGAAUAUGGGUUUAAAGAACUAUCUCAAGAAGUUACAAAACUUGCUGGUAAUCUCCCUUUGGGUUUAAGGGUUAUGGGCUCUUAUUUUCGAGGAAUGUCUAAGAAAGAGUGGGAAAAGGAAUUACCAAGGCUAAGGAAUAGCCUUGACUCUGAUAUUCAUAGCAUUUUGAAGUUCAGUUAUGAGGUCUUAGAUGACGAAGAAAAAUACUUGUUUCUUCAUAUAGCUUGCUUUUUUAAUCAUCAAGUGAUUGAGAAAGUGGUUGCUCAUCUUGCAUAUCUAUUCUACGAUGUGAGACAAGGGCUUAACGUCUUAGCUGAGAAAUCUCUCAUAACUAUAGAGCAUGGAAGAAUAAAUAUGCAUAAUCUGCUAGUCAAACUUGGUAGAGAUUUAGUUCGCAAACAGUAUGUUCGUGAGCCUGGACAACGUCUAUAUUUAGUUGAUGCAAGAGAAAUUUGUGAAAUACUCACUGAUGAUGUAGGAGCUAAUAGAAGAUUAAUAGGCAUAAAUUUCGAUUCCGGCACCAACGUCAAGAAAAAUAUUAAUAUAAGUGAGAAAGCCUUUCAAGGAAUGACUAAUCUCCGGUUCUUAAAAUUCCAGGGGGGUAACAAUACUGUAGAUCUACCCUAUGGUCUAGAGUAUAUGUCUCAAAAUCUUCGAUUAUUACAAUGGCCCUAUUUUCCAAUGACAUGUUUGCCUCUGAUAUUCAACUCGGAAUUCCUAGUUGAAAUAGAGUUGAGGUAUAGCAAACUUGAGAAGCUGUGGGAAGGAAUUAAACCGCUUCCAAAUCUCAAGUGGAUGGAUUUGAGUUGGUCUAAAAACCUAAAGGAGCUUCCUGAUCUCUCAACAGCCACCAAUCUUUUGGAAUUGGAUCUCAGAGAUUGCUCCAGCCUGGUGAAGCUCCCAUCGACUAUUGGGUAUACUAAAAAUCUUCAGAAAUUGAAUCUUUGUGGUUGCUCAAGUUUGAUAAGUCUCCCCUCUUUCAUUGGAACUUCCACUAAUCUGCAAAUAUUAAAUCUCGGUGGAUGCUCAAGUCUAGUGGAUCUUCCUUCCUUUGUUGGUAAUUUCAUCAAUCUAAGAGAUUUGGAUCUUAGCAAUUUAGCAAGUUUGGUGGAGCUUCCUUCUUUUGAUGGUAAUUUCAUCAAUCUAAGAACAUUGAAUCUUAGCCGUUUAUCAAGUCUAGUGGAGCUUCCUUCCUUUGUUGGUAAUGCCAUGAAUCUUGAGAGUUUGGACCUUAGCGAUUGCUCAAGUCUGGUAAAGCUUCCCUUUUCUAUUGGAAACCUCCAGAAGCUGCAGUAUUUGUUCUUAACCGGGUGCUCGAGUCUAGUGGAGCUUCCUUCCUUUGUUGGUAAUGCCAUGAAUCUUGAGAGUUUGGACCUUAGCGAUUGCUCAAGUCUGGUAAAGCUUCCCUUUUCUAUUGGAAACCUUCAAAAGCUGGAGGCUUUGAGACUACAAGGAUGCUCGAAGCUAGAGUUUCUUCCGACCGACAUCAAUUUGAAAUAUCUCUAUGAACUUGAUCUCACGAAUUGCUUACUGUUGAAAUUGUUUCCUGAGAUCUCCACGAGCCUUAGAACUCUCAAAAUCAUAGGAACUGCAAUAGAAGAAGUGCCUUCAUCAAUCAAAUCUUGGUCUCGUCUCACAUUUUUGAGUAUGACAUAUAGUGUAAAACUCAAGGAAUGUCCUCAUGCUUUUGACGUCAUCACAGAUCUGUACGUGAACGAUGAAGAAAUACAAGAGCUUCCUCCAUGGGUCAACGAAUUCUCUCGUCUGCAUCAACUCGUGCUCAAGGGAUGCAAAAAGCUGGUGUCAAUCCCACAGAUUCCAGAUUCCCUCACUUACAUAACUGCAAUUGAUUGUGAGUCCUUGGAAGAGUUUCCUCCGUGGAUCAACAAAUCCUCUCGUCUGCAUCAACUCGUGCUCAAGGGAUGCAAAAAGCUGGUAUCACUCCCACAGAUUCCAGAUUCCCUCACUUACAUAAUUGCAGAAGAUUGUGAGUCCCUAGAGAGACUAGAUUGCUCCUUUCCAAAUCCAUAUAUUUCUCGUCUCAAUUUUGCUAAGUGCUUCAAAUUGAAUCAAGAAGCCAGAGACCUCAUCAUCGGAGCACGGCCUAGUGAAUUUACCGUCUUACCUGGCGGAGAAGUGCCUGCAUACUUCACUCACCGAACUGUUACCGGAGGUUCCUUGACAAUUAAUUUAAACGAGAAGCCUCUUCCUAUAUCCAUGAGAUUUAAAGCUUGCAUUUUGCUGGUUAAUGAAAGUGACGAUGAGACUUGCUCUCACGUUUCUGUUACGUGUAAAAAUAGCGAGAGAACAAUAUAUGACAUUUUUACAGAGCAUUUGUACAUAUUCGAAGUGGAAAUGGACGUGACUUCCAGCGAGCUUGUCUUUGAGUUCAAGGUUCGCCGAAACGUUUGGGAGACAAGACAGUGCAAUUGGAAGAUAGGACAAUGCGGGGUAAUCCAAGUCUCUGAGAUCCCUUGAUGAAACUGUAGUCUACGGUAAAGUAUUGGAGACGGUCACUACAAUUCAAGAGAACACUGAGAGAAGCAAGAAGCAGAUCGGUUCUAAUCAUAAUUUAAUGAAUGAUCUGGACGCAGCUAAGCUCAGAACAUCUCAAUUGGAGGCUGUUCUUGAGGCGACCAUAGAGAAGGUGGAUGCUAAGACCCUUUACUUGAAGGAGCGUGAGAAGAUGUUGAAAGUCAGAUCCAGAGUUUGCAGUUUGCUUCAUACAGUGAUGAGGUUUGUAUUGGGAAGUCAACGGAUGCAAGUAUAGAAAUUAGCUAAUGAUGAGGGAAUGAAUGUGGUAGGACAAUAAUUAGAUCGUCUGUUCUGUAUCUGAGGCUAUGGAGCUUUAUCAUCAUAUCUGUAGUUGCAGCUGCCACUUCUGUCUAGUAACAACUUCCACACUAAUCAGAUGGUUAAGUGUUGUUGAUAAGAAAACGUUCCAAAGCACCUUUCAUGUUUUGAUUCUUCUUCUUUUUUUGUUUGGCUAACGAUCUCGGUUUUUGGCUCUAAAAGGUGUUCUGAAAAUUUGGGAGCAAGAUCUUUCCAAGGAUAUAAUAAUCAUCUUCUGAUUUCUUGUGGUUUGAUGGGAAAUUUGCUCUCAAAGUUGGAUGUUCGCAGGUCGUAUCAGUCAAGAUCUGUCUUGGGAAAUUGGCCGUAACUCUCAAACCGGAACUCCAAAUCGUGAUCCGUUUUUUCCUGUGGUUUCGUAUGACUGUUAUUGAUAUUCCACCAAAUUUUGUAAGUUUCUGGGUUUUUUUGCUACUCCGUUUGUCCUCUGCAUCAAGACAGAUACAAAUACUGCAGUGAAAUCAGUAGUGAAGAAAGGUAAUGCAUUCAUUGGUCUGUAUUGUGUCUGUUUGUCCUUGAAUGCUUUCUCUUGAAUGAGUGAGUAAGUGAAAGAGUUGAGUCUGUUUAUGACAUGUUGGCAAGCUAAUUUGUUUUACAGUUUUAUUACUUUUGAGUUUUAUAGUUUUUGUUCUUAAAAGAGUUGCGUCUCUUGUAUGGUUUCUGUUCAUGAAUGAGUUUGUGUUUCGAUCA